GGGUGGAGGAGGGAGAGGGCAGCUCGCCAGAGGAGGCUUGCUGGGGAAAAGGAGCGGAGGGCGUUGCUGCUCCUGCCGCUACUCUGCUGUGCUGCGAGGCCGCCGCCUCCCCCCACUUUACUUUCUCCCACCGCCAGCGCGCUGUUGCAAGCGGAGAGAGACGCCACGCUCCAAGAAGUCCAGACGCCUCCUUGGCUCGGCUGGCCGGCCGCUCGCUCGCUCGCUUGCUCGCUGCUUCGCUCCCCGUUUUGGCACCCCGGGCCAGGAGAGAAGCCGGUGGGAGGUGGUGGAGAGAGGCGCUGGGGCGGCCGCGGGGCGCCUUGCAAACCUUGCUGCCGUUGCAGGGACGGACGGGCGGACGGACGCCGGCCAGGGGCUGCCGUCGUCGUUGACGCGGGUUUCCGAAGGCGAACCACUGUUUUAAAGGUCCAUCAUGUCUGACAGAAAGGCUGUGAUCAAAAAUGCUGACAUGUCUGAGGACAUGCAGCAGGAUGCGGUCGAUUGUGCUACGCAGGCCAUGGAGAAGUACAACAUAGAGAAGGAUAUUGCAGCAUACAUCAAGAAGGAAUUUGACAAGAAAUACAACCCCACCUGGCACUGCAUCGUGGGCAGGAACUUCGGUAGCUACGUAACGCAUGAGACGAAGCACUUCAUUUACUUCUACUUGGGCCAAGUGGCGAUUCUCCUCUUCAAAUCCGGCUAGGGGUUCAGGCCAGCGCCUGUGGGGGUCACGGCUGGUGAGGAACAUGGACUGUAGCACUAAAGACAGGCUCCAGCUCUUUAACCAUGGCUGCGCCACUGCAUGGACUCGAUACUAUAUUUAAUGUGUAUAUGUUGCCGUAAAAAAUACCUACAAUUCUCAUUUCUUUCUCUGUUUUGGGGGGAUUGCCUAGGAGAAGAAAGGCAGCGUAUUAUCCCCUCUUCCUCCUCUUCUUUUAUCUUCUUUUUUUUUUUCCCCUUUUAUGUUCCUGCUUCUUAUUUUUUCUGUUCUUUUGCACUAGGAGAACUGUAAAAUGCUUCAACAAUGGCCUUUAAAGUGAGAAAAAAGAAAUGAAAUGAAAUAAUAAAAUAAGAAACUUCAAUUCCACGAACACAAAAAUCUUCGGGUUUAACUUUCUUGCAGAAGGCUGGAGGUCUAACCCUAGCAGAGGAAAAAAUUAAAAAAAAAAAACUCUGUUAGGUGUAGAAUCUUGUCUAAAAUUUAACUAAAUUAUUUUUAAAUUCCUGUCAAAGCUUCCUUUUCCCGAAAUGGCACUAUUGUCCCGUGAAGUCGCCUUAGCUCUAAACAAAGUGAUCGGAGGCAGCCCUGGGUGUGCGCGUGGUAUCUGUGUGUUGUCUUGGCCCAAUUUUCUUUGCUUCUCUUUGACUUGCCCGUGCUGCCUCCAACACAGAUUGAGCAAACAAAGCUGAUACGGAUCUGCAAAAUGUGUGGUAUCCUCUUUGAGGAGAUGCCCCCCCCCCCAAUCGGCUGGCCUGGUCUGUAUCGGCUUUUCCAAAGCAUUUUUCAAAGGAAAGAUGUCUACUCUGUGUGUCCAAGAUUCUGUCGUGAUGCCCAAUGGAUGUGAUCAGGAUUUUCUAUGCCCCUGUUUUUUGAGUCCGUACGGUAUUGCCUUAUUGUAGCUCACGUCCUCUCGUUGUGCAGGGAAGAUCCUGUCCGAAUUCAGUGGCUUAAAUGUUGCUGUGCUUUAAAUGUCUCCAGUAAAGAUGGAUAGACCAGCUUCAUCUAUUAGAGGCUGAACCCCCAGUCCUCUCUUCUGUUGGCUUUCUAUUCUGGUCCCCUUUUGACCCAACAAAAGGAGGAGCAGCUCUGUACCCUAACCAGCUCCUGAACGUGCAAGAAAAGGUCGUCUCUGGGCUUUCUUAGCUUCCUUAGUCUAUGGUUGUACAGGAAUACUUCUAAGUUCUGUUGCAACAAUAAAAAUAAAAUAAAAUGGGAUUGGUUUUUUUUUUUUUUUCCUUUUUGCAAUGGUGACGUACGAAAUGCAGUGAUACCUUUAAUAUCUCUGGUUGCUUUUCGCAGUUCAAAGAGCCUAGAAAUUCUACUUUGGUUUGGGGUGGGGAUGGAGAUGGAGAUGGAAAAACGAAAGGGAAGCGAAGAAGCAAGACUUUUAUUGAAGGAGCACUUUAAUUCAUGGAGAUUCUCGGUCAUCCAGGCCCUGGUUGUCCCAAAGUUGCUUUUUCCAAAGGCAACUGGACUUUUUUGAUUCUUUUUCUUUUUUCUUUUAGUCGCUUUGAAAACUUUUCCCUUUUCAUCCAAGAACUUGAAGAAGCUUCUUGGAUGAGAAGCGAAACAUCUUCAAGGGAGAAAAAAAAACCAAAGUCCAAUUAAUUGCCUUUUGGAGAGAGAAAAAAAGGCUCAAAAUGUGAGAA